AUGGCCUCCAAUAUGAUCCCUACCGGGGGUACUGCUCCCCAGAGUGUUGAAAGUAUCACACGAAUCGCACAGGUCUAUGAGUAUAACUCUUCAGUCCCGUUGCGAUAUUGGCUCAGGACGGCUGCAACACUUUUACGAGAGGCCCACAUCUACGAACGGGAAGGACACGAUGAACAAGCCUACUUUAUCCUCUUUCGACACGCCCAAUUAGUCCUCGUCAAUCUUUCCAAGCAUCCUGAUACUAAGAAAAAUGAGGAGGAUCGCAAGGCCCUGAUAGCAGCCGAGAAGGAGGUUCAGAAAAACCUCGGCAAGUUGGAGGUCUUAAAACCUCGAAUCAACAAGCGAUAUGAGCGUUACACCCAGUUGAUGCGCGAGCGCGAUUCUCGGAAACAACCCCUUCAGGCUGCAUUUGUUCCCGAGCCACUGGGGGUCAUUCCCGACCCAGCCCUCGUAGGUGUGGUCGAACCUUUGGAAGCUGGAGAGAACAGAGAUCUCGCUGUGCGGCUGGCCCAAUCGGAACUCAACCGCAGAGCGACUGCACGAAUCUCAAAAGGCUCGUCAGGUCCCUCGGCUGAGGAAUUGGAAAGCCGUCGAGGGGCUGGUGUGUGGGGUGAUUGGGAUACUCAGCUGAAACCUGAUAAUCGAACAACCGACCAAGAUUUAAGCCAACGCAUCCAAAACAUUCGAUCGAACAUCGAUAAUCCACUUGGACAGCGUGCCAAGGCCUCUAAUACUUUCUCGACUACAAGUGCCUACAAGUAUCCAAGUGUGCCUCGCCAAAAGCCCCUGGAGCCCACUGUGUCUUCUGCUCAGAUUGCCAUCCUUGACAAGAACGUCCAACGGCAUGCACCGCCCAUUCUGCCACCGAAAGAGCACAUGGCGCCUAGCAGAGCGAUCAUCGAUGACAUAGCACCCUCCUUACCAGCAAAGGUUUUACCAGCCCCAACACUCCCCAACAAGGUACUACCAUCCGAUGAUGCGUCUGCCCCAGAAGCAAAUCUCAAUCCCUCCAGUUACACUUUCAAGCCCUCCGCGUAUCUGGAAAAUGGAACUCCCUUACGCUCAGUCUUUUUACCUGGGAACCUCCGGUCGCGUUUCUUGUCACUGGCCGCUGCCAAUACCAACGCCAAUCUCGAGACAUGCGGUAUCCUUUGUGGCACCCUCGUCUCCAACGCGCUUUUCAUAUCAAAACUAGUCAUCCCCGAACAGACCGCCACGUCGGACACCUGCGAAACAGUCAACGAGUCCGCUCUGUUCGAUUACUGCGACUCCGAAGACCUCAUGACCCUCGGCUGGAUUCACACACAUCCCACGCAAACCUGUUUCAUGAGCUCCCGUGACCUUCACACACACUGCGGGUACCAGGUCAUGCUCCCCGAAAGCAUUGCCAUUGUGUGCGCGCCGAGCAAAAACCCGGACUGGGGUGUGUUCCGGCUGACAGAUCCCCCUGGGCUCAAGUCGGUUUUGAACUGCACUCAAACUGGUCUCUUCCAUCCACACGCCGAAGAAAACAUCUACACGGGAGCUUUGCGGCCCCCAGGCCAUGUUUAUGAACAUACUGACCUUGAGUUCGAAACGGUGGAUCUACGUCCUUGA